AUGCAGCAGCAACACCUGAUGCAGAUGAACCAGAACAUGAUUGGGGGCUACACCUCACCUGCCGCUGUGACCACCGAUCUCAUCCAGCAGUACCUGGAUGAGAACAAGCAGCUGAUCCUAGCCAUCCUCGACAACCAGAACAAUGGCAAGGUGGAGGAGUGCGAACGGCACCAAGCUAAGCUCCAGCACAACCUCAUGUACCUGGCCGCCAUCGCCGACAGCCAGCCACCACAGACCGCACAGUACCCGUCCAACCUGAUGAUGCAGCCGGGCCCUCGGUACAUGCCACCGCAGUCCGGGCAGAUGAUGAGCCCGCAGUCGCUAAUGGCGGCGCGGUCCUCCAUGAUGUACGCCCACCCAUCCAUGUCACCACUCCAGCAGCAGCAGGCGGCGCACGGCCAGCUGGGCAUGGCUUCAGGGGGCGGCGGUGGCACGACCAGUGGGUUCAGUAUCCUCCACGGCGAGGCCAGCAUGGGCGGUGCUGCUGGCGCUGGCGCCGGCAACAGCAUGAUGAACGCCGGCAUGUUCUCAGGCUUUGGCCGCAGCAGCAGUGGCGCCAAGGAGGGAUCGACCUCGCUGUCGGUUGACGUCCGGGGUGGCACCAGCUCCGGCGCGCAGAGCGGGGACGGCGAGUACCUGAAAGCAGGCACCGAGGAAGAAGGCAGUUAA